AUGGCUUCAACUGGCUCGAUUCUAAAACAGGGACUUUCGCUUCUGAAGAAAUAUCAGAUUUUUCGCAAUGCGAUGUCUCUGCCAACGAUCUCUCGAGAAGAUGUGCUCCAAUUCGAAACAUUCCUUUUCGACGGCGACGGUACCCUGUGGGAUAGGGGUAUCCCAGUUCCUGGAGCAGUAGAUUUUGUUGCCACUCUUCGCAAGGAAGGGAAACGUUUCCUUAUCGUGAGUAAUAAUCCCACCAGGACCAUUGGCCAGAAUUUGUCGAUGAUAUCGAAAAUGGGAUUCGAGGGAUUCACAGAGAAGAAUGUGAUCACUCCCGCGAUUGUUUUGGCGGCAUACCUUCGGGAUCGGCCAGUUUAUGCUCAGCAGCCUGUAUACCUUUUGGGAAAUGACAGCAUUAAGGAGAUCCUGGAAAGCGAAGGCAAUGUGCACUGUUUUGGCAACGGACCACAGAUAGCUGAGAGUCAUUCAGCUGAGAACCCCUUAUCCGAGCCGAAGGCUGUAAUAUCCGCCUGGGAGCCAUACCUCAGUCAUGCCAAGAUCUCGAAAGCGGCACAGUUCCUAGAAAAAGAGGAGGUCGACUUUCUGGUGACAGACGAAGACUACGCGAUUCCAGUGCCGAGUCCUGGCACUGAACUUCCUCGCUCUGGUUGCCCUUCCUCUAUAAUCCAAGCGAUUAGCGGUCGUAUCCCCACAGUUAUCGGCAAGCCACAUAAGCCGAUGGCUGAUUUUCUGAUGAACCGGGAGCGGAUUGAUCCAGCAAAGACCGUAAUGUUUGGGGAUCGGCUCGAAACGGACAUCCAAUUCGCUAAUGAAAACGGUUUCACGAGUUGUCUGGUGCUGACCGGUGUGCACUCUCUGGAGGAUGUACGCAAAGCGGAACAACGUGGCCACAAAAACCUCGUCCCACACCAUUUUGAAACGUACCUAUUUGAUGCUGAUGGCACUCUAUGGGAGGAGCAUGGACCGAUGCCAGGAGCUGUGGAUUUUGUUUCGGCUCUUCAAAUCGCUGGAAAGCGGCUAUUUCUUGUGAGUAAUAAUCCAAACCGGUCAAUGGAUCAGUACCUAGACCGAGUAAGAAGAAUGGGAUUCAAAGGUUUUACAAAGGAAAAUGUCAUAAAUCCUGGUAUCGUUAUGGGUACGUAUUUCCGUGAUAGGCCCGAUUACGCUGGGCAGCCGGUGUACCUUUUAGGUAAUGAGAAUGUUAAAAAUACAUUGGAAAGCAUAGGUAAUGUACGUUGUUUUGGAACUGGGCCGGAAGUUCUUGAAGAAGACCAUCCAACAGAGGGCCGCCUAAUGGUUCCAAAGGCUGUUGUGUCGAGCCUUGAACCAUAUCUCAGUUACUGGAAGGUCAUGAAGGCAGUAAACUAUUUGAAGCGAAGUGAAGUCGAAUUUCUGGUGACAGAUGAGGAUUAUGCGCUCCCUAUGCUUGCCCCAGACGAACUUCCUAGUUCAGGCUUUCCGUCGCGAAUUAUACAGGCAAUUUCUCGUCGUACUCCGAAAGUCUUCGGAAAACCCCACAAGUUCAUGGCCGAUUUUUUGAAGAAAAAAGGGUACAUCGAUCCGGCGAGGACCAUAAUGAUUGGCGAUCGUCUCGACACGGAUAUCCAAUUCGCGAACGAGAACGGCUUCACAAGUUGCUUGGUGCUGACCGGAGUUAGUUCCCUGGAAGAUGUGAAGAAUGCAGAGCGACGUGGGGAUGAACACCUCCUCCCAAAACACGUCUUUUCUUUCACUUCCUCGUGA